ACCAACAUCUCGGCUUCCAGUCUCUCCCCUCUCGCUAAUACCUUGCAAUCGCUGGACAUCUCGGCUAACCUCUUUACUGAGAUACCCGAUAGUAUCGCGACCUUGUCUUGCCUUCGCGCACUGAACAUGUCCAACUGCAUGAUUGAAAGUCUGCACUCGUUGGGCAGAAAUCCCUUGCCCGCCAUCACGACUCUCAACCUUCGGUCAAAUCGGCUGACUGCCCUUGCCGGUAUCGAGCGAUUGCUCUCUUUAGAGCGUGUAGACCUUAGAGACAACAAGCUCACUGAUCCUACAGAGCUCGCCCGGCUUACCGUUGUGCCCAACAUGAUUGAUAUCUACGUUCACCGCAACCCGUUUUGCAAGUCUUAUAGCACUUACCGAGUUACCAUCUUCAACCUCUUUCGGAAAACCCCGGGUUACACAGCCGAUGUAACCUUGGAUGCUACUGGACCGAGUAGCGGCGAAAGAAAGCAACUCAUUGACAGAGUGCCCGAAUUGCCGAGCGUGCCAAUUGUCAGACCACCACCCGAGGAUGAUGUGCCCGCGCCGUUUUCUCCACCCAAGGUCGUCAAAGCAAUUGACAACUCGGAGGAAGCCCAGCGUACUUCUCUGUAUCGCACUAAAAGCGCCAAAAGCGCCAAAGGGGGUUCCCUUCGAAAGAAGAAAGCGCCCAAGCGGAGAGUGGUGGAACUCAGUCAGAGUGAUGCUGUGAAGCCUGCAAAGAUGGACGUGCCCGUAGCACCUGCUGCUGCUCCCGACGAAGAAGUCCCCGCACCCGAGAGUCGUACAUCUGAGCCGGCGACGAAUGGCAUACCUCUGCCCAGUCCCACACGUCUCAAAGCACCAGAGGAGGCUGUAGCGGCUUCGGUUGAUUCUGCUAGAAGUAUACCCCCGAUUGAUACUGCAGUCGACACGCAGCCCACUCACGAGAUUGAUGUCAGUGGCGAUCUUUACAAGAAGAAGAUUGAGGCGCUUCGCCAAGACUUUGGAAAUACGUGGUUGAGUGCCCUCGGAGACGAAAAUUGGGAUGCAAAGUCGGUAACCAGCUUCCCUUCUGAGCAAGACUUUUCACCCGCUCUACAGCCGACGUUGGCUCGCACUCCUAGCCAGGGCAUCGUCUCUGGGAGGACUCUUGGUUGA